ACUAGAGCAGCAGUUUGUAAGACGUUACUACGUUGUACGCAGGUUCAGUCAUUCGUGCGCGCGACGGCAACACCAGGAUUUUCACGGGCCGUCUACCCCACAACCGGUCGCACCUCGAUAUAAUCUUAACAGCGGUCUCCCUCUCAAGAUGGCGACGAAGAGCCAAACUCGGUCCUCGUCGACGAAAGAGCUGGUCGCGACGGCUGCAGAUCCCCUGACCCCGGACGUCUUCCGGCGCAAACUCGUCAUACUGAAAAACGUCUGCGUCAUUAGCGGCGCCUUUCUGCUGCUCUUCACCGCCUUCCAGUCGCUGCAGAACCUUCAGAGCAGCGUCAACCGCGACGAGGGUCUCGGACUUGCCUCGCUCAGCAUCAUCUACGGCUCGCUGGUCGUCUCCUGCACGCUGCUGCCGACGACCGUCGUCGCGCGACUCGGCUGCAAGUGGACGAUCGUCAUCGCCAUGCUCGUGUACAGCGUCUACAUGCUCGCCAACCUGCACGCGGCCUGGUACACGCUCGUGCCCGCCUCCAUCGCGCUCGGCACGGCCGCCGCGCCGCUGUGGACGGCCAAGUGUAAGUACCUGACAGAGACGGGCGGCGAGUACGCGCGUCUGGAAGGCACCAGCACGGAGGCAGUCGUCAACCGAUUCUUCGGCAUCUUCUUCCUGAUGUUCCAGAGCGGCCAGAUCUGGGGGAAUCUGAUCUCGUCGUCCGUGUUCCAAACGUCGGCGCCGAACGAGACGGUGCCGGCCGACAUCGUCGAGGCGUACUGUGGCGCCGCCUACUGCGCCGCCAACUCGGCAUCGGCGAACAUCACCAAUGUUAACCUUGCGCCGCCGCCAAGGUCGCGUGUCAUGCUGCUCAUGGGCAUCUACUUCGCGUGUGCGGUCGCCGCCGCCGCGCUGGUGGCGGCCAUUGUCGACCAACUGAGGUCCGACGAGCAACGCGACGUGCUGGCUAUGCCGACGCUGCGCGAGCUGCUGGCGACAGCGCGCCACCUGUCGAGGCCCGACCAGCUGCUGCUGAUUCCGCUCACGUUCUACAGUGGCGUUGAGCAGGCGUUCAUCGCCGCCGACUUCACGCUCGCCUACGUGACGUGCAGCGUCGGGGUGCACAUGGUCGGCUACUCGAUGAUCACGUUCGGCGUCGCCGACGCCGCCUUCUCGUUCAUCGGCGGACGGCUCGUGCAGUACGUCGGCCGCGCGCCCAUCUUCUGCGUCGGCUUCGUCGCGCACCUGGCGACCAUCGUCGUGCUACUGAUGUGGAAACCGCACGCUGACGGCAUCGUCACGUUUCUCGCCAUCGCCGCGGGGUGGGGGGUCGGCGACGCCGUGUGGCAGACGCAGAUCAACGCCUUCUACGGUGUGACCUUUCCCGACAGUACAGCAGCCGCCUUCUCCAACUACCGGCUAUGGGAGAGCCUCGGGUUUCUGAUGACGUUCGCCUAUGGGAAUUUCCUGUGCGUGAGCGUGAAACUGUACGUCGUGCUGGCAUUCCUGCUGACGGGCAUGGCGGGCUACGGGGCCGUGGAGAUACGACAUCGCUGCGUGCGGCAGCGCAACCAGUACAACGUAUCCUAGCAAGCUAGCUCUACCACCGACACCAGUACAACGUAUCCUAGCAAGCUAGCUCUACCACCGACGCCAGUACAACGUAUCCUAGCAAGCUAGCUCUACCACCGACACCAGUACAACGUAUCCUAGCAAGCUAGGCUCUAGCACCGA